AUGAAGGCUUUUACUAAACUCUUAAUAGUUGGUGCUAUAGGAGUAGCUUUUGUUGCUUUCCAAUGGAGUGGACCCACCUUGGACCCAGGUAAGAUAUUUAUUUAGCUUCUUCACAAUCCUUGACUGGUCUAUGCACCCUUUUGCUGGCUACAGGCAAUUUUAUGAUCACAUAUGAAUUAUUAUAGCCAUAUGAACCCAUUGCCUCAGAGGGUGGUUGUCAGCACUUCAAACAGUUGUGAUGCAUUACAGACACAUCCCACUGGUCACAGACGUCAAUUCAAUGUCUAUUCCACAUUGGUUCAACGUAGUUUCAUUGAAUGAAACAAUGUUGAUUCAACCAGUGUGUGCCCAGUGAGAUUAUAGACAGUUGUGACACAUUAUAGGCUAUUGAUUUAUGAAAUCUCAAUCAGAUCCUCAUAAGAAUUCAGUGUGACUAAAAUUGCAUAUAAAGGCAGUAUACCAUCUUAUUUAUUUGUCAGAUUAAUACAAAUGGAACUUGGCUUGUGUUUUUUUCAAUUGUUGACACAGAAAAAUACCGGCACAAUUAACUUCAGAAAAUAAAUACAAAAACAUUAUGGUAGAUACAAUACACUGGUAGAAUCAACGUUGUUUCAACAUAAUUUGUCAGCGUAUUGUGACGUGGAAUCAACGUGGAAAAUACAUUGUAUUGAAAAAUAAAGUCAUCAACCAGUACUGUUUUCAUCUAAUUUCAACCAGCGUUAUAAACAUUGAAAUGAAGGUAAAACUUAAACUUAAAUACAUUGAUUUAACCUGACUAACAGGUUUUUCUAUUUAAUUUCAACAUAAUCAUCAGCGCUAUGUGUACAUUGAAAUUGCAUCGAAAAUUCGAUUGUACAGCACUUGUGACAUUGACCUUAUGAGAGGAACUACUGUACUAAGAUCAUACAAUAACCUCAAAUGAUCAGAGUGGAAUUAAUGAUCCAAUUCAUCAUGUACAACUGUUUUUCAAGUACACGUUUAAAUCCAAACCAAUACUGCUGGAAUGUGUUUACGUUCUGUUUUGGUAGGCUAAGUGAUGAGUAAUGUUUGGUGCACUCCUUGGUGCACUCCUUGCACUCCGUAAUAACCAAUCUUAUGUGAAUGAAUUCCCAAACACUUAUUCAAUGCAACUUUAUUGAGCUAAGCUUUCAGGCCAGAUUACCUUUGUGAGUGCAAUACAGUACAAUAAAAUACACAUACAGUAAUACUGUAUAGAAGUCAUAGGCCUGAAUAUGAGUCAGAGGCAACCGUGUGGAAUUGGAACCAUACAGAACUACAGCCUACUAUGUCAUAUGCAUUCCACUCAUAACUGGGUUAGGGUCGAACCCGUAGUGGUUGAUAAUCAGGCUAUAGUUUCCAUGCACAGUAAAAAACAGUGGAAAUUGCAAUCACAGCAUUAUACUUCUAAUAAUCUAUCACAUUUAAACUUAGGUUAUCCUUAUUUCUCUAGGUGUGGACAUUUUCUUCCCUCUGCUAUUUCUCACCAUAAAUUAGCUUGGGUUUGUUUCAGAACUGAAACAGCAAACUCUGGCACAAUCAAACAAUUAACUUCAUUCAUAACCCACUGGGCACAGACGUCAAUUCAACGUCUAUUCUACAUUGGUUCAACAUAAUUGUAUUGAAAUGACGUGGGAAACAAUGUUGAUUCAAACAGUGUGUGCCCAGUGGGAAGUGUUUAAAGCAGUAAUUAUUUGUGGCCUAUAAUGAACAUUCCCCCUGUUUCUACUCAUACAGAUUACACAUUGUACUAAACACUGAGUCCUAGACAGGCAUAAAGAUCCAUAUCAUCCGUCAGGUCUAGGAUACAGCACAUACUUUAUAGCACAUCAGAUGCACAUUUUCUUGACAGGCCUUACGUCGUCAUUCUAUCCCCUUGUCUUAGUUUUUUCCCUUUUGAAUUUUAUUUAGACUAACUAUACUUUAAGACGUAAUGAGUACUGUAAUGACUUUCAAUAUGGCUGGUUUUCAGAGUCUUUAAAGGGUGUACGGGUCCUUGUGACUGGUGCCAGUACGGGUAUAGGUGAACAAAUGGCAUAUCACCUCGCCGGCUUUGGUGCCCAGGUGGUUAUUACAGCCAGGAGGGAGAAGGUUCUACAGCAGGUCAGUGACACUUCAAUCAGGUGUUUACAUCAAUGUCGCUAGGCAAUAGUUGUCUAUGACAAUACCUUAAUGUUUUUCAUAAUUAUGUUACUCUUAUGCGAACAUCACUCUCUUGUAUUGCAGGUAGUAGAGAAGUGCCAGGGUUUGGGGGCCCAGAAAGCUCUGUACGUAGCAGCAGACAUGGCUAAUCCUUCUGACCCAGAGAGAGUGGUGCAGUUUGCUGUGGACAAGUUGGGAGGACUGGACUACCUGGUGCUGAACCACAUAGGUUCCAGCCCAUUCGCCAUGUGGGACGGAGAUGUGGAGCACACUAGAUGGUUAAUGCAGGUGGGGUAUCCAUCUCGACUACUGUGUUUCAUGUGACCCAGUAGGAUGACAUGUACAUGUAGCCUACCAUUAUAUGUACAGUACCACUAUUACUAUAGUGUUACGUUUUCUCCUCUUUUACUUGCUCUUUCUCAGGUAAAUUUCCUCAGCUAUCUGCAGAUGGCAAAGACUGCUCUGCCCACCCUUGAGCAGAGUAGCGGUUCCAUUGUGGUGGUCUCCUCCCUCUUAGGUGAGUCAGCGCUCUUCUCUACACAAAGCUUUCCAAGUGACUCUGAACCUAUGAUUGGCUAUUGUUUUGGUCCCACAGGUAAAAUGUGCAGUCCGUUUAUGGCCCCCUACACGUCCACUAAGUUUGCCCUGAAUGGUUUCUUUGGGACGCUGCAGCAUGAGCUGGCCAUGCAGAGGAGCAACGUGUCCGUUACCAUCACCAUCCUGGCCCUGAUCGAUACGGACUCGGCUAUGGAGAAAGUCAAGUGAGAUAUUGUUGAUAUCAACUUCAGUCAAGUUGCAACCCUACAAAGUGUUUUAUGAUUGUCUUGAUAGUUGUUACAGCACCUUUAUCCAAAGAUAAUGAAAGGAUGCUGAGUCAUCACUGUUUGUAUUAUAGGGGGUUCACCAACAUCCCAGCCUGGCCGGCCAGUGAGGCAGCGCUUCACAUCAUUACUUCUGGAGCCACUCGACAGACAGAGUCUUACUACCCCUGGUUCUGGUACUAUGGCUCUCUCAUCAGAGAC